AUGUUGCAGAUCAACAAGGUUCAGGGACAGAGGCAAGUGGGUUCCGGGCUGCACGUUACCCAUCUGUUCAGCAAGUUGCUGGACAAAUGGGGGGAUGUCAUGGCGAUUCAAACUGCAGAGCCGAUGAUCGCCUUAGGGAAGGGGAAAAAUAGCGCGAAAGAAAUUCGGAGUAUGCUGGAGUCGACCUGCAGGGCCUUCUUCGACCUGCAAGGAGUCCAGCUCCGUCCCGCCCCGGAUGCAGUCAUGACGACCCAUGAGGCUCGAGUGGUGGAGAGCGCACCGGAACGGGCAACUUUUGGGGCACCUCAGCCUCUCAAGUUCUGGCUCCAAACCAAUCGACAGCCCUGGCCGGAACGCGAAGCACGGACGGAGACCGACUUGGCAAGUGUAGCAGAUGACGGCGAGGAGGGUGUAGAAGAUCCACAGCUGCCAAGUCAGGUCGAACAGGCAGAGGAGCAGUGGAGGAAGGCGGCUGAUGAUAAGCGGGUGGCCGAAGCAGAAGCCAAGAGGAGACGGGCUGAAGAGAGGCAACGGCGCCGUGAUGGCGACACCGAUCCUACCGUCUCUUUCCCGGGAACUGGAGACAUACGUGAAGCAUGGGAGCAUGGGGCACGAGCCGCUGCAAGGGCACACGUGGGAGAGGCAGGAGAGGAGCUCGCCAACAAUGUGCGGCAUCAUAUCGAGGAGGAUAGGGGAUACGUGAAAGUUCGCUUGCCCGGCGUAAAGCGGAAGGCGGCUGAAGAGGCCCGGAGAGGGGACGUCGACGUGCCAGAGAAUUCGGGAGAGGCGAAAAAGAAGGCGCAGAGCAACGCGGGUGCAAAGGCUCAUAAGAUGGCGGAGGUAGAGGCGCACCAGAAUGCAGAGGAUGCGGCCCAUCGGUUCGUCGAUGCAGAGGCGGCACUUACGGCAGAGGACGGGGCGCCAAAGGAAGCAGAGGCCGCUGCGCAGCAGAAGGUGGGUGCAAAGGCGGUCAAGAGUGGGGAGGCAGUCGCGCGUAAAGAAGCGGUUGCAACAGCAGAGCUGACGUCGGAGGCAGUCGAGCUGCAGGUGGUGGAGGCAGUGGCGCAGAAGGAAUCAGAGGCAACGGCGAGCCAGAAGGAUGAGGCAGCGGCACAGCAGAAUGAUGAGGCAGACGCACAUAAGGAAUCAGCGGCAGCAACGCAGCAGAAGGAUGAGGGUGCGGCGCCCAGGAUGGUUGAGGCAGAGGCGCAGAAGAAAUUGGAGGCAGCGGCGCAGCAGAAGGAGGAGGGUGCGGCGCCGAAGAUGGUUGAGGCAGAGGCGCAGAAGGAAUCAGAGGCAGCGGGGCAGCAGAAGGAGGAGGGUGCGGCGCCGAAGAUGGUUGAGGCAGAGGCACAGAAGGAAUCAGAGGCAGCGGCGCAGCAGAAGGAGGAUGGUGCGGCGCCGAAGAUGGUUGAGGCAGAGGCGCAGAAGGAAUCUGAGGCAGCGGCGCAGCAGAAGGAGGAUGGUGCGGUGCCGAAGAUGGUUGAGGCAGAGGCGCAGAAGGAAUCUGAGGUAGCGGCGCAGCAGAAGGAGGAGGGUGCGGCGCCGAAGAUGGUUGAGGCAGAGGCGCACAAGGAAUCAGAGGCAGCGGCGAGGUAG